UAAAAUUAACCUAACUGCUUGAGAUUUUAUUUGUUGCAGGAUCUUACGGACACCCCACAAAUUGAUAUGCCGAGCUACAUUUCACGUUUGAUCGAUUGGAUCUGCUGCGAGAUGACAUGCCAGGCCAGGCACGGCGAAAAUGUAGGACAGAGGUUGCGGCUGAUCUUCGACAGGCUACAAAUCUAUCGAUGGACCACCCAAGUCCUGCUGGUCCUCGCGGCCUUCGCUCUGCAAUACGGCGACUUCUGCUGCGCCCACGAAGCUCCUCCUGAGGGCGGACAUGUUCCGUCCACUCCCUUCCCGAAGGCCCUGAGCUCACUGAAGAGGAAGGUCGUACCCGACGGGAACAAGAAGGGGAUAAAGCCUCUCAACAAGGUGGCCAGCGACCUCUGCGAGCUGACCUCUUCCUUGUUUGAUCUCACCGAGAUGGUGAAUCAGCACCGCGGGAAGCACGUGCCUGAAUUGGCGAAAGCAUUUCGAUCGAUCCCCGGGUGGAGCUGCGAGACCAUCAUCGCCAUCCUGGCCGCAGGGAACAUCUUCGACCAGAUCACCGGUGGCUAUACAGAGUUUCCAGAAUCGGAAGUGGAGAGUCUUAAGUCGAGCGUGUCGAACAGGAAGAGCACCGUUCUCGCAAAGGUCGACACUUGCAAGAAAGAAAUAGGCCUCCUGGAACAGUAUCUGAUGUACAUGAAAAAGGUCGAAGCUCCGGUGGACAUCGCGGACUUUCUGAGAUCGCUGCUUGCCAAGGAUUCCAAACAGAAUCCAUUUGUUAUUGAUCCGAAUAACACCGCGGUCGAGUUUAAGGGGUUCAGGAAGAAGAACGUGUUGCUGAUAAUUUCAGACCAAAAGAUAUCUGAUUAUGACAUUGCAACUCUCGAAAGGAUACACCACGAUCCUAGGCGCGUUGGAAUCCCUAAAGAGGAAGACCGAAAAGACGAUGUCAUCCAGAUUCAAACGGAGAAGGAGACACUCUAUGAGCUUGUUUGGAUUCCUAUUGUGGAUGCGGGGCACGACAGAUUGGAAGCGCUGCCGAGCUUCAAGUCGGUGAGGCGAUUGGCUUUCGUGGUCGACCCGCUUAAGAUGAAUAAGUUCGCCAGCAGAUAUAUCAAGGAAGAGUGGCGUUUCAAGCGAGAAACCAUGGUUGUGGUGUUGGACGCGCUUGGCUGGGUGGAGAACGCAGAUGCCAUGCCCAUGCUUCGGACAUGGGAGACAGAAGCUUUCCCUUACACAGGGAACGAAAGUACCCAUCCUUGGUUGGGCCAAUCCUGGAGUUGGGUUCGGCUCGUGCUCAGAGAACAGAUAGUCCGGCAUGGGACAUUGGAUGCGCCGACGAAGACCGACUACAAAUUGAUCUAUGGAGGAACUGCUGCUGCGACGUUGGCAACUGAGGUCACCGGCGAGAAUGCCAACCUUAGCGUGAUGCCCAUCGAGGACCCGUGCCGCUUCUUCAUCCUAUUAAGGAGUUGCUUGAUCUCUAGGUUGCAGGCUGUGCAAAUCCUGAACAUCGAAAGAGACCCUUUGCGCGAUCGCAUAGUGUACGAGAUGUGCGAAGCCCACAAAGCCUUCCAAAGUGGCGGGGUCGCAAUAAUUGCCAAAGGGCAUGAUCUGCAGGUGCUGCAUGUUGGCCUCAUGAGUGAUUUGAAAUCGGUGAGGGAUCAGGUUGCCAACAACGAGUGGAAAGCUCUUGCAGAAGGUCACGAGAAGAAGUAUAAAGAAGCUCUAGGACAAUCCAUGUGCCUGCACGUCUACGUCCCGCAUCACGCCAAUCUCGGGGAUCUGUACUGCCCCGGUUGCAGCCGGUUCAUGAGGCAUGAUCUCCGCCUCACCUGCUGCCAUUCCGAGUCCGACUGAAGGAGGGGCGGGGCUCGCAAUGCGUAAAGCCCUUAGCCGAAACUAAACACUAAAUAAAGAGAGCUUUCAGUUCAGAUUAUGUUCGGUUGUGGAGUGUGCAAGGUGUGAAAGUGUGUUUCCGUUUGCAAAGUGUGGUGUGUUUUUCGGUUUGUUAAUAAUAGCCUCUUGGUUCACAAGAGAGCUAAACUGGUAUUUGCUUUCAUAUGGUUGUAACUUGGAAUUGUGAUGCGCUUCUUCGGGCCCUGAGAGCCUCCUAGGGCCAUCUUUCUUGCUAUUUGAUCGAAUAAAUGAAGAGAUUGGCGAUGUUUACAUGUA